CUCCUCAGAAACACGAACCGAACCUUGAAAUUAGGGUUUAGGGUUUAACAAAUCUUGAACCUUGAAAUUUUUUGCAACUGUGCUGAGCAAAUGUCAAUGGCGACGCACCAGGCGGAAGGCAAUGGUAAACAAAACGACGAGCUACUGAACUCAAUACUGCAUUACACCGACUCCGAAGGUGACGAAGAAGAGUUGGAGGAUGAGACUUGGGAUGAUUGGCAUGACGAAGACGACGCCGGAGAGGAGGAUUGUUCAAACCCUCAGAUGCUCUGUCUCUUCUGUGACACACCGUUCAGUUCUUGCACUUCGCUCUUUGAGCACUGCGCAUCGGCACACUUUUUUGAUUUCUACGAAAUCAAGAAAGCUUAUAACUUGGAUUUCUACCAAUGUUUGAAGCUCAUCAAUUACGUUAGGUCUCAGGUAGCAGUUAAUAAACGAUGGAGUUGGGAGAUGGCAGUUAAUUUUGAUGGUAACAGGUUUCCAUGGGAUGAUGAUACGUAUCUCAAUCCCUUUCUACAAGAUGAUCCCCUGUUAUACAGUUUUGAUGAAGACGAUGUAGACGAGGAGUGUGAUAACAUGUUUGCUGACAAAAAUGAAAUGGAUUCAUAUUUAUCUCAAUUUGAGCAUAUUGAUCUUAAUGAAGAGAGUUUUUCUGAUAGAGGAGCAUCUGAACCCAUAGUUCCAUGUGAUAAUGGGGGGAAAGAUGGUGAAUCAUCGUCUCAUAAGGAUAUGACUACUGCGAAGCCUUUUGAAAGUCUAGCGGUGGAUGAUACCAGCUAUGCAGCGGGUGGGAUUUUGUCCAACAGAAAUGGGAAAAACAAGAUGGACACUUUUCCUUCUUCAAGGAUUGUAGCAAAAGAGAUCACAGAUAUCAAUAAAAAUUAUUUUGGCUCAUAUAGUUCAUUCGGCAUUCAUAAGGAAAUGAUCAGUGACAAGGAAAGAACUGAUGCUUAUAGACAAGCUCUUGUGGAGAAUCCUUCUCUUCUGAAAAACGCAGUUGUUAUGGAUGUUGGUUGUGGGACAGGCAUUCUGAGCCUAUUUGCAGCCCAAGCUGGAGCUUCCAGAGUUAUUGCAGUUGAAGCUAGUGAAAAGAUGGCUUUAGUGGCUUCCCAGUUUAACUCUGGUUUUGGUUAUGACAACGACACCAAAAAAUUCACGGCCCCAGAUGAAGUAUGGGAUGCGUAUAUAGAGGCUCACCCAAAAGAUGCAUACUUACGCACUGGGAGUUUUUCAGAUUUUGAUGACUUGAGGCUUGUUGUUGGAAACGGUGUGGCUGUAGGAAGAAAUGCAAUUGGAGUGGGCAGUGCUACCGAUGCUAGGACAAUAGGAGUUGAUGAAAGUAGAGGUCCGCUCAUAGAGGAGUUGAAUUACGAUGCUGCUAAUGAGGCGUUUGUAGUACCGGGUGAAGAUGAUCCACCGUUAUCCGGCUCCAAAUCACCUUUGGAGUCCACUGAAGUGCCUGUGGAGUCCACUCAGAGAAGAGCUCCCGCCAAAAGAAGCAGAGGCCAGUUUGAGAUAAAUUCAGGCCACACUGAAAAUAGUUCGCAUCAGGAGCUCAUGGUAGAAAUUAAAAAAGUCACUAGCACAAUGGGUCGAGUUGAAAGCCUCUUCGUGAAACGAGAUACUAUGCUGGAGAGAAGAGAAAAAGAAAAAGGUUAUACAACUUGGGAUGCUAUCAAAGAAAUUCCUGAUUUGAGUGAAGAUGCCCGCUACACAGCAUUUGACUUGCUUGUUACUAAGUCACAAAAAGAUGAAUUUAUGAAAAUGACUGUUCCUGAACGCAAAAGAUGGAUAGAAUCCAAGACUAGGAAAUAG